UCAACAUGGCGGCCAAGGCGUCGGCGGUGGCUCGCAUCGGCGCAUUCGCAAACUACCCGUGCAGCGCGACAAGACUCACAGCCUCGACAAGGACGCGUUCCUCGAGAACCUGGUUUGGAUUACGAUUGACGAGAACACUGGAAGUAGAAAAAAGGUGUAGCAGCAGCGAGUCGGCGUGCCCCAACGUGCCUCGCGUUUUGCAAAGCCGGGUGAAUCCGCCGCCGCCGCCACUGCUGCCGUGUCCGCUUAUGUGGUUUCUGCUCGUGUAUCUCCCGAAACGGCGGUUUGAAAAGCACCUGUGGGCAGUCUCGGAGGAGACACCUCGGUCCGCCAUGAAGGUGCUGGGCGUGGAGUUCGCGCCGCUGAACGUGCCGCUCAAGCGACGGCUGCAGACGGCGGGCGUUCUCUUCCUAACGGUGUCCUUCGUGUUCGGAGGAUUUUUCUGGAGCGCCCUGUUCGCUUACAUCUUCUUCUACACGAACUACUACUGGAUACCGCUGCUCUACGCCAUAUGGUACGUGUAUGACCGCGACGCGCCUAAGCGUGGAGGCCACCAGAGUCAGUGGGUGCGCAACUGGCGGCUGCACAAGUAUGCCGGCGCUUACUACCCGGUGAAGCUGGUCAAGACGAGCGAACUGCCUACGAACAGGAACUACAUCUUGGGGUACCACCCGCACGGCAUCAUGUGCAUGGGCGCCAUGUGCAACUUCGGUACCGAGGCCACCGGCAUCGCCGAACUCUUUCCAGGGAUACGCAUACAUGUGCUCACGCUGAACGUCAACUUCUUGUUCCCAGUUCAGAGGGAAUUGCUGAUGUAUCACGGUCUGUGUUCUGUCGACAGAGACAGCCUCAACUGGAUCUUGACGAAACAGGGAACGGGCAACGCCGCUGUAGUCGCGGUCGGAGGGGCCCAGGAAUCGCUUGAUGCGCACAAGGACACCUACAUAAUCACCCUCAAGAACCGGAAAGGGUUCAUACGAUGUGCUCUGAAAAGCGGCGCCGACUUGGUUCCCGUCUUCUCGUUCGGCGAGAACAACAUCUUUACCCAGAUGAAGAACCCGCGCGGAUCGAGGUUAAGAUGGCUGCAGGAGAAACUGAAGAGCAUCACGGGCGUCGCCCCGCCCAUUUUUUACGGAAGAGGAAUUCUGCAGUACACCUGGGGAUACAUGCCGUUCAGGGAGAAGAUCGUCACUGUUGUGGGCAAGCCUAUCCACGUGGAUAAGAACGAAAACCCCACCGACGAGGAAGUGGAUCUGCUCCACGAAAAAUACGUGGCUUCUGUGAAUCAGCUUUUCGAAGACCACAAAGCGCAAUACGCUUCCAAAGAAUGUACUCUCACAAUUGUUUGAUUGAGCCGCUGUCCGUAGGUCAUUGUUAUCAUUAGGAAGCAACACAUCGUCAUUACCAAGACAGAGGUGACCGCGGUAAGCACGGCAAAAUCGCAUCAGUGCGUAUACAUAUAGGUUGAAACCGGUUUUAUCUGCUCUAGUCAUCGAACAUGUUCACAGAGCUGCGAAAUACGACCUCACUUUGCACUUGCUCAGACGGACUUCCAUGUAACAAUAAAGCACCGAGUGUAUUCAUAUAAUAAACACGU